AUGGCGUCACCACUGCCAGGCCCUCCUCCAGGGGCAGCACGGGGUCCUUCUCAGGACUGCAGCUCCCGGGCUCAAGUCAGGGAAGACCAGGCUGGUUUGAUGCCGGCCGAGGUAACCUCCCUGCGGGCUUAUCCAGCUUUGCCCGUAUGGUCCUCUGGGCACCCCCUGGGCUAUGGCUCGAGGGAGGACACGCCACAGCCCGAUGUUCCCUCUCAGCAGAUGGCCACAUCUGUGAGUAAUGAUGCUGUGGUGUGGGACCACCCUGCUUCAGAGCCAGGGGACGUAGGCUCAGCUCGGACUGUCAUCGCCCUUGUCAGUGAUGAGAUAGAAGCCCCAGCUGCCACCCCCGUCUCGUGUCCCCUGGGAGCACAGAUGGGCCCCAUUAGCCUGCAGUGGUGGCCCCCAGCAGCUCGCACCUGUGAGUGGACACUGAGGCUGGCAAAGGCAGCCAGCCACCCGGCCUUCCCGCUUGCCCAGGACUCGAGGAACCGUGUGGCCCUCCGUGGAGGGGGACGAGAGUCCGUGGCGGACCUGACCACUGGGCACACGUGCCAUCACGCCACAAGCCGGUGCUCCGUGAAGGGGCGGAGUGCCGUGGAGGGUGUGGGUGGCAACCUGGUCAGGAUGCUGCAGGUGUCCUCCACGCUGCUCCUGCCCUCUGAAGGGCAUAGAGGGCAGGAUAGGCAGAUGCCAUGCCCAACAUCUGGCUCCCGGGUAGCAGGGUUCAAGCUGGAGCUGCCCCAGGCCCUGACCACCUGCCCCUCCCCAGGCCUCAGCUUUGCCCUCGGACACACUGUCCACCUCCUCGAAGGGCCCCUCAGCCCCGGCCUGGACUCUGUGCCCUGUGGACACACCAUGUGCUUCCCAGCGUGCUUCUGGACCCCAUGCUGGCCCUGUGCCUCCAAUCCCACAGUGACUGAGGUCUCCACGGGCCAUGCAGCUGUGCCAAGGCUCCUGGUGUGUGACCGUCUAUCUUUGUGGGUCCCUGACCCAGGGCUGCCUCUGGGGCUCAUCUGUCCCCUAGGGACCUCCCAGGAUGGGAACACGUUGGCUGUGGCUGUCACACGUGACCACCUGGGGCUGUGUGGGGACCAUGUCUGGGUCAGUCUCUCUGCCCUGCACCUGGUGCCCCCGGCCCCCCACCCCGGGAAGUCUCUGGUCCCCGCCGCACGGAGCCGCCUUCGAGCCCAGCUGUGGCCGCUGCCGGCUGCCCAUGGUGGGGCGAGCCGCGGGGCCGGGGGCCGGGGCCGGGACGGGGGGCCCGGCCUGAGUCUGUCUUUUAACCCCACAGGUGCCUCCGCCAUGGCAGCGGCCGAAAUGCCCACCUACCUGGUGUCCCCCCAGACGGAGAAGCACCGGCGGGCCCGCAACUGGACGGACGCGGAGAUGCGUGGCCUCAUGCUGGUCUGGGAGGAGUUCUUCGACGAGCUCAAACAGACCAAGCGGAACGCCAAGGUCUAUGAGAAGAUGGCCAGCAAGCUCUUCGAGAUGACCGGCGAGCGGCGGCUGGGCGAGGAGAUCAAGAUCAAGAUCACCAACAUGACCUUCCAGUACAGGAAAUUAAAAUGCAUGACAGAUAGCGAGUCCGUCCCGCCUGACUGGCCCUAUUUCCUAGCCAUUGAUAGGAUCCUGGCCAAAGUCCCCGAGUCCUGUGACGGGAAGCUGCCAGACAGCCAGCAGCCGGGGCCCUCUACGUCCCAGACCGAGGCGUCCCUGUCGCCGUCUGCUAAGUCCACUCCCCUGUACCUACCGUACAGCCAGUUCUCCUACGAAGGCCGCCUGGAGGACCACGGCUUCGACAGCUCUUCGAGCUCACUGUCCCUUAAGCUCAGGUCAGAGGAGCGGCCGGCCAAGAAGCGCAAGGUGCGAGGCUGCCCGUUCCAGAGGAAGAAGCUGCGGCUGCUGGAGGCCAUGCUGGAGGAGCAGCGCAAGCUGAGUCGGGCCAUGGAGGAGACGUGCCGCGAGGUGCGCCGGGUGCUGGACCAGCAGAACCUGCUGCAGGUGCAGAGCCUGCAGCUCCAGGAGCGCAUGAUGAGCCUGCUGGAGAAGAUGAUCGCCAAGUCCAGCGGCUAG